CCGAGGGGCGUGGCCAUGGCCGGGGGGGCGCUGGCGGGGGCGGGGCUGGCGCUGGGAGCCUUCGCCACCCGCCUGGAGCACCUGUACCUGAGCGUGGGGGGGCUGACAGGCCUGGGCUGGUCCCUGGCCUUCACGCCCGCCCUGGGCGCCGUGUCCCGCUGGUUCCCGCGCCGCCGCGCUCUGGCCACGGGGCUGGCGGUGUCGGGCGCCGCCGUUUCGGGGCUGGCGCUGACCCCGCUGGUCCCGCUGGCUCUGGACUCGUACGGCUGGCGCGGGGCCCUGCUGCUCCUGGCCGCCGUCUCCCUGCACCUGGUGGCCUCCGCCGCCCUCCUCCGGCCUCCCCGCGCCCCUCCGGAACCCCCGGAACCCCCGGAACCGCCGGAACAACCGGAACAGCCGCAAACGUCGGGGGCUCGUCCGGGUUUGGCCCACCUCCUUCGCCACGGCCCCUUCCUCCGCUACGCCGCCGCCUUCGCCCUGCUGGACGCCGGCUACUACGUCCCCUUCGUCCACGGCGCCGGCCGCGCGCUGGAGCUGGGCUGCGACGGCGCCGGCGCGGCGGCGGUGGCGACGGCCAUGGCGGCGCUGGACGGCGGCGGGCGGUUGGCGGCCGGUUGGCUGGCGGCGCGGCCGGCGGCGGCGUUGCUGCGGCAGCUGUCGGGCUGGGCGGCGCUGGCCGGGGCGGCGGCGCUGCUGCUGCCGCUCGGGAGGAGUUUCGGGGCGCUGCUGGCGCUGGCCGCCGCCUAUGGGGGCUGCGCCGGGGCCGUGGUGCCGCUGCAGUUCGCCGGCGUGGCCGAGGUGGUCGGGGCCGGCCGGGCGGCGCUGGCCAUCGGGGUCAUGCAGAUGUUCGAGAGCGUGGGGUCGCUGCUGGGGGCGCCCCUGGCUGGCUGGCUGCGCGACGUCACCGGCGACUUCACCGUGUCCUUCCUGGCGGCCGGCGCCUUCCUCCUGGCCGCGAGCCUCCUCAUCCUCACCCUG